AUGUGGAGUUAUUUAACAAUUCCGCCAAUGCAUGCUGCAUGUGCAAUAUACAGAUUUCUUGCAGCUCGCACUGUGAUUACGCUCCCGGGUAUGCAGGAACAUUCUCGGUUUUCUGAUCAGAUAUGCGACUUACCAACGAAGAAGCAGGUAUGUGCAGUGACAUCACGAGGUUACUCUAACGGAAACUGUCAAAUAUGGCCACCAAGAAUCAAUCAGCCAUCUGAUCUGGAACUUCAAACCGUUGAACUGCAUCAAGUAAUGUCGGUGGAAAAUGUUAUUGUUGCUGCGGACCGUGCAAGCCAAACCCGUGUGAUGCGAAGUGCACGUGGACACCUUGCAGCAGUGAAAUUUUAUUUACAUCCGAUCGAAUCAUUAUGCUUAGGCAAAGAUGGUGUUCUCUUCGAAGAGAACACAAUAGAACGUCACACUUUUUAA